UAAGUGUAGUGACAAAACUACCCCUUAUCAAUUCCCAGAUUUCAGGCUGAAACCCCAAUCUGUCGCUGCAAUCCCCAAUCCCACCGAUGGCGUAGGAGCAGCUGAUCCUCCGCGACACCAUGCGUGCCCACACCGACUGGGUCACUGCCAUCGCCACCCCGAUCGACAAAUCCGACAUGAUUGUCACUGCCUUCCGUGACAAAUCCAUCAUCGUCUGGUCCUUCACCGGCCACUCUCACUUCGUCCAAGACGUCAUCCUCUCCUCCAACAGCCAGUUCGCCCUCUCCGGCUCAUGGGACGACGAACUCUGCCUCUGGGAUCUCGCCGCCGAAACAUCCUCGCGUCCAAAGAUAGAGAUGAAUGCGUCGAUUUUGGGUGUGCAAUUCGAGGGCAAAUUCAUCUUUUCACCGUUGACUCCUUCCAAUUCUGGGCUCUCCAGAAAUAAAAACCACUCAUUAGUGAUUUGUUAAGUGCGGGCCGCAGCCCCUUUUCUUGGGCUUGGCAGAAACUUAUCUUGGCAAGUGAACAUCAGUAAUUGGGCAGAUUUGGAGGCAUAUUGGCCAUAUCUGUGAAACUGAACACAUCCUAAUACCGUACAAUAAAUUAGUGGAGGUGUGUUAUUGAAGACUUGGCAGUUGUUGACAGAAGAAGACGAGGCGAAGACGACGAAAGGAUAAAUAAAAGAGGAGACAAAUAACAACACAUUUCAACAUCACCUAUAGAUAAUAUAGUGUACAUAUAAGUGGUAUGCACUCAGAAUAUGGUUUUCAGUAAUCAGGUAGUGAGAUGGCGGAUAUCAAAGAGGAUUGUGGAGCUCCAAACUCGGAAUCCCAACACAUACAACAACAUACACAAAAACACAACCCAAAACCCAAGCGCGUCGCGUCGCUCGAUAUCUUCAGAGGCCUCACCGUCGCGGCUUAUUAUGGUAAUCAUGAAAUUGGAAAUAUCUGUGAAUAUAUAUUGAAUGAUAUUGGAGUUCAGUUGAUGAUCUUGGUGGAUGACGCGGGCGAAGAGUGGCCUGUUAUAGGUCAUGCCCCAUGGAAUGGCUGCAAUCUUGCUGAUUUUGUUAUGCCAUUUUUCCUCUUUAUUGUGGGAAUGGCCAUUGCACUGGCGCUCAAGAGAAUACAAGGUAGGGCAGAAACUAUCAGAAAAAUCAUUUUCAGAACUAUUAAACUUCUCUUUUGGGGCCUCCUUUUGCAAGGAGGUUAUUCACAUGCCCCUGACAAGCUAACAUAUGGGGUUGACAUGAAAAUGAUAAGGUGGUGUGGAAUUCUUCAGAGAAUAGCUCUCGCCUAUUUAGUGGUCGCUUUCGUAGAAAUCUUGACGAGAUGCUCUGUUCCAAAAGACCUAUCACCUGCUGGAAAGCUGUCUGUGUUCAAGUUAUAUAUUUGGCAUUGGAUUUUUGCAGCUUGUGUUCUGAGUGUUUAUCUGGCCGUGUUAUAUGGAAUAUAUGUUCCCGACUGGCACUUCAGGGUGCAAAAUACAGACAGUCCUGAUUUUGGGAAAGUUCUUACUGUAGCUUGCAGUGUGAGAGGGAAACUGGAUCCUCCUUGUAAUGCAGUAGGCUAUAUCGAUAGAAAAGUGAUUGGAAUCAAUCACAUGUAUCCGCAUCCAGCUUGGAAGAGAUCGAAAGCUUGCACAAUGAGCUCUCCGCACGAGGGACCUUUCCGAAGUGAUGCUCCAUCCUGGUGCUGGGCACCUUUUGAACCUGAAGGAAUUCUAAGCUCAAUUUCUGCUAUCCUCUCCACAAUCAUUGGACUUCAUUUUGGACAUGUUCUCGUGCACAUAAAGGAACAUAGGAGUAGACUUCAACAUUGGGCGGUCCCAGGACUUGGCCUUGUUGUUAUUGGAAUAACUCUCCACUUUACAAAUGGUAUGUACGUCUCAAAUAUCAUCCUCUUUUGUAUCUCAAAUUUCCUGAUGAAUAUAUAUGAUGGUGCAGCAAUUCCUUUGAAUAAGCAACUAUACACCCUCAGCUAUGUUUGUGUAACAUCUGGAGCAGCAGCGUUAGUGUUCUCUGCUCUCUACAUAAUGGUCGAUAUAUGGAACAUUAGGUUUCUGUUUCUGCCAUUGGAGUGGAUUGGCAUGAAUGCAAUGCUGGUAUACGUGAUGGCAGCAGAAGGUAUCUUUGCGGGCUUUAUCAAUGGUUGGUAUUACGAUGAUCCCCAUAAUACCUUGGUAAGGUGGAUUCAGAAGCACAUUUUCAUCAAUGUGUGGCAUUCAAGGAGAGUCGGGACUCUGCUUUACGUUAUCUUUGCUGAGAUACUGUUUUGGGGCGUCGUUGCUGGCGUAUUGCACCGAUUCUCCAUAUACUGGAAGCUUUAGUUCUUAUCUUUUCACAAUGUGUGCAGUUCAAAACUACAAUUAUCGACAGUUUGUAUCUGAUCCCAUUUUAAUUUAGUAGGGUUGUAUUUUAUUGUUUUUGUUUUUGUUUUUUGUACAUGAAAGAGUUGAUGCAUUUAUAGCUGUUUAUUGUUGGGAGUGGGGAUCAAACUCCUAAACCUCAUCCUUCUUAAUAUAAAAGUAUGUUGAUUGAGUUUGGCAAA